AUGAGCGGCUCGACACCACGACCACGGUCGCACUCCAUAUCGGCACAACUCCCCCAUCGCAUCCAGCUCCAAAACGCGCCAAAUCAACAGGUACAGCAACAGAAGCCCGAGCCCGUACUGCUACGAAACAUCAAACCCCCGAAGUUGUUGCAAAGCGAAAAUUACGAGACAUUUUUCGAUAUCAUUGGUCAACUGAUUGCAAAGGUUUCCGAAAAUAGAGAGCUGAAGACCAAGAUUCUGCGAGACUGCGAAACGAUCUCGUCCUAUGUUGAGCUCAACAAGCCUCUUCUGGGAAAACAUUCAGUUAAAGAGCGCAAACCUGCUAACGGCACAAAAAAGAAUGGUUUACUAUCAAAUGGGAUUUCAUCAAAUUCCAAAUCUUCACUGGAAGAAGGGGAAGCAGAUCCCAAUACCUACUUAAAGAGCAUAUAUCGAUAUCAACAGGAGUUGCAGAUACUAGAGGAGCAGAGACUGAAGAAUGGUGCCGAGCGGAAACCCAAAAUCAAGUCUUUUUUUAAGUCCAAACCCAUUUCUGAUGGAUCUGGUAUGACUCCCAAACAGAAAAAGAUCAUCAAUCUGAGAAACGAGCGAGAAAACCUGUUGAUCCUGUUACAUGAAAGGGUUCAGUACAACGGUGCUUUGGUCGAGGUUUUAGAAGAAUUCGAGGCGAACAUCUCGUUGAUAUUGAAAAACUUGCAUGGAUACAUCGUGACUCGUGGCGAAGAGUCUAUGGUCACUCUCAGGGCGUAUUGUGAGGAAUGGGACCUGAAAAAAAGAGAGGUGUACGGUAUGUAUCUUGAGCUCAUAGAGUCGAGGCGAGAGUGUGUGGAUUUGUUCAAUUCUGUGAGCAAGAUGAUGAAUGAAAUGGACGAGAAUGAAGAAAUGAGGGAGAUCGAGCUGAGGCUCAAAGAGGAAAAUUUCUUAAGGCAAAAGUAA